AUGACCUCGAACGAGCCCGUAGGCGCCGUCGGCCAGGCACUUGUCGAUUUCACAACCAACGGCGCAUUUCCAGAGGAAGAUGUCUCGUCCCUGAAGCUGAGCUCUGGGGAACUAUCCCCAGCCGUCCAAGCUCUGGCCGAGGCCAAGUCCAAGCUUGAGACCGAGAUCCAUUCCAUCAAUGAGGAAACAGCCCCUGACGUGUCUUCUUGGAUGGCCAACGCCCAAUCCGUGCAAGACGACAUCAACCGCUCCAAGCGACUCGCCAACGACAUCGUGCGCCAAGCCGAAGAGCCAGUCCUCUCGGGCGCAGCGAUACAAGAGGCAGAAGACAAGUUCGUCUUCCUCCAGGCCGAGAUCGCAUACAACCAGCGCGUACAGGAGGCUCUCAGGGGCAUAAAAGACGUAAACCAGAUUCUUGAUCAAGUAGAGAGGGCGCGCGACGAGCGAAGGAUCCUUGAUGCGCUCCAUCUAUUGGAGCGGUCGUGGGUAGCUCUGGAUGCACUUCCGGCUGGGCAGGGUGUCAGAGUAAGGAGACUGUUGGAUCUGCGUGCUUUCGAGCUUAAAUCGAACGUGCACGACGUCUUCGACCAUGUCUGGAAGACCCUGAUGAAGGUUGAUACUACGGCGAAGACUAUAUCCUUCUCUGCAAAAGCAGAGAAUGAGGCCAUGAGCCUUUCAGACGCCGUUAUUGGCCUACAAGCCUACAAGGAGGUCGAUCAGCGGAUGGCACAGCUGUGGCAUGAUAUCGACCAAGCUAUUAUUGGGCCUCGGAUGGAUAUUGACCAUCCAGGUACGCCAGCAGUCACUGUGGAUGGGGAAAUAUUGCGGGCUGAGGGCCAGGCGGACAAGUCCAUUGAUUCGCUGUUUCAGGACCUGGACCGGGUCUUCUCUUACUUUGCGGAAAGGUUGCCUCAAGGCUUGAUAGAGUCAUUAUCUGCUUUGAUGAUGCCAGAGAUCGUGUCUCGGGUAAUCACAGUGUGGUUGGACUCGGCUGUACCAGCAUCUUUACAGGAAAUGGACAAAUUCGAGACGAUCAUGGCGACCACGAGGCGGUUCUGCGCACGGCUUGCGGAGUUGAAAUUUUCUGGUUUCAACGAGCUACAAGAAUGGGUUGAGAACGCGCCCAGAGUCUGGCUUACAAAAUGCAGGGAGACCGCGCUAGAUACAGUCCGAACUCGUCUAUCAGAAGGAUUAGGCUCUCCGAAACAGGUCGAAAGGGUCGAAAAGCAGAUGGUAUCUCGCGCCGAGGGCCAAGGACUUGUAGCUGCUCCAGCCACCGCGGCCGCAGCCGCGGCUGACGACGAUGACUGGGGUGCUGCGUGGGACGACGGAGGAGACGAGCCAGGCGAGGCGACCGAACAGCCAGAGCAAGCAAAUACUAAUGAAGCAGCUGCAGGAGCUGAGGAGGAUGGAGCUGAUGCCUGGGGAUGGGGCGAAGAAGGUGAAGCUGGAACCCAAGAAGCCCCUGAAACGCAGCCUCAGCCUCAGCGGAGCACUGCCGACGACGACGACGCUGGUGAGGCUUGGGGAUGGGGCGAUGAAGACACCCAGGAGGAGCAACCAGAACGAGUCGCUGCCAGGCGACCUUCAUCUGCUCCAAAUGCACGGGGUCAAAGAGAAAUGACGCUGAAGGAGACCUACAAUAUCUCAUCCAUGCCGGAGCCAGUUCUUCAGCUAAUAUUCGCCAUACUGGAAGACGGUGCGACGUUGACUCAAGCAGGUCCUGUAGCCACGGCAGCGGCAGGCUUAUUCAGCCUGCCGACCUUAGCUCUGGCAAUGUUCAGAGCCGUUGGGCCAUACUAUUAUGCUCUAGACAUAGGCGGCAAUAUGUUUCUCUAUAAUGACGCGAACUACCUUGCGGAAAGGCUGGCCGAUUUCGCUGCAGCAUGGAAAAAACGUGAUGGCUUGAGCACAAGGGCCCAGAACUCCCUGCGUUUGGAUAACGAUGUCAAGACACUGCAGAGCUUUGCCGCUCGUGCGUACGGCAACGAGAUGGGCAUUCAAAAAACAGUCCUGAGGGACCUCCUCGGCGGCGAACAAAGCCUCCUCCAGCAGGACGACAUCGAUAGCUGUGUGGACGCGACUGUAGCCCGCGUGCGGUCCAUGGCCGUGACCUGGGAGACCAUCCUCGCCCGGUCGGCGUGGUACCAAGCCGUGGGCUCGCUAGUCGACGCCAUCUCGCUGAAGAUCAUCGCGGACGUGAUGGAAGCGCCCUCUGUCAGCCAAGACGACGCGUAUAAUAUCGCAAAGCUGAUCGCAACCGUCACUGAGCUCGACGACCUGUUCCUCCCGAGCCGUGUCACGGGGAAGCGCCUACCAAACGCGGGCGAGGAAGUACCACAGACGACGCAGUACGCGCCGACCUGGAUGCGACUCAAGUACCUUAGUGAGGUGUUGCAGUCGAACCUCAGGGACGUACGGUUUCUCUGGAUGGAAAGCGAGCUGAGCCUCUACUUCACGGUGGACGAGGUCGUGGACUUGAUAAAUCUCAGCUUUGAAGAUAAUGCGAGGACUAGGGAGACGAUACGAGAGAUACGGAGUAAUCCACAACCGCGGCAGGAUGAGCAAGGCGACUGGUAA